CCUCGCUGCUCACCACUCUCCACGUUAAAGAGCUCUACACAUCCUUCAUCUCACGGCAGUCCGAGACCAUGAGCGGCGCCAACUUUGAGGACAUCGAGGACCGCGACGGCGUUCGCUUCUCAUGGAACGCAUGGCCGUCGAGCCGCAUCGAGGCGACGCGCACCGUCGUUCCCAUCUCGGCGCUGUACACGCCGCUGAAGGAGCGCGACGACCUGCCGCCCGUCAUGUACGAGCCGGUGACGUGCAAGGCGCCGUGCAAGGCCAUCCUCAACCCCUACUGCCAGAUCGAUGUGCGCGGCAAGAUGUGGAUCUGCCCAUUCUGCCUGCAGCGCAACCCGUUCCCGCCGCACUACAAGGACAUCUCGCAGACCAACCUUCCCCCCGAGGUCACACCAAAGUACUCUACGAUUGAGUACACGCUCUCGCGCCCCGCACCGGUGCCCCCCAUCUUCCUCUACGUCGUCGACACGUGCCUGGAGGAGGAUGAGCUGAACGCUCUGCGCGAGACCCUCGUUGUCUCACUCAGCUUGUUGCCCCCGAACGCGCUUGUUGGUCUUAUCACGUUCGGCACCAUGGCUAUGGUGCACGAACUCGCUUACGCCGACUGCCCCAAGUCGUUCGUGUUCCGCGGCUCUAAGGAGUACCAGCCCAAGCAGAUCGCCGACAUGCUGGGCCUUAACCCCUCGAACCGCCCGAUGCAGCCAGUGCGGCCGGGUGGCCCGAUGCCCGCGCCUGCCGCGAGCAAGUUCCUCAUGCCUGUUCAGGCGUGUGAGUUCCAACUCACCAACAUUCUCGAGAACCUGCAGCGCGACCCUUGGCCCGUAUCGGACCGCCAGCGCCCGCUGCGCUGCACUGGUGUCGCCCUUGGCGUCGCGACUGCGCUCCUCGAGAACGCGUUCCCGAACACUGGCGCGCGCAUUAUGCUCUUCUCGGGCGGUCCCGCCACCGAGGGCCCAGGCAUGGUUGUGUCCCCCGAGCUGCGUGAGCCCAUCCGCUCGCACCACGACAUUGAGCGCGACUCGGUCAAGCACUUCAAGCGCGCGACCAAGUACUACGAGAGCCUGAGCAAGCGGGCGUCCACGAGUGGCCACGCGGUUGAUAUCUACGCAGGCUGCCUCGACCAAGUCGGCCUGCUCGAGAUGAAGUCGUUGUCGAACGCAACCAACGGCUUCAUGGUCAUCUCCGACUCGUUCAUGACCGCGAUCUUCAAGCAGAGCUUCCUGCGUACGUUCGCCAAGGAUGAGGACGGCUUCCUUAAGAUGGGCUUCAACGGUACUUUCGACAUCCAGACCACCAAGGAACUGAAGGUGUCGGGCGUCAUUGGCCACGUCAUCAGCGCCAACAAGAAGUCGCCCUGUGUUGGUGAGACCGAGAUUGGUAUCGGCCAGACGUCUGCCUGGAAGAUCUGCUCGCUCUCGCCCAAGACAUCAUUGGCGUGCUACUUUGAAGUGGUCACGCCGGCAGGGCAGCCACUGCAGCCCAAUCACAUGGGUCUCAUCCAGUUUGUCACCCACUACCAGCACGCGUCCGGACAAUACCGCCUGCGCGUGACAACGGUGGCGAGGACAUUCCAUGAGGGCGGGCACCCGAACAUUGCGGCCCAGUUCGACCAGGAAGCGGCGGCAGUGCUCAUGGCGCGCAUUGCCGUGUUCAAGGCCGAAAUCGACGACGCGCCCGAUGUUCUUCGCUGGCUCGACCGCAUGCUCAUCCGCCUGUGCCAGAAGUUUGCCGACUACCGCAAGGAGGACCCUGCAAGCUUCCAGUUGUCGCCAAACUUCAGCAUCUACCCACAGUUCAUGUUCCACCUGCGUCGCUCGCAGUUCCUGCAGGUGUUCAACAACUCGCCUGAUGAGACUGCCUUCUACCGGCACGUGCUGAACGACGCCGACGUGAACAACUCGCUCAUCAUGAUCCAGCCGACGCUCAUGUCGUACACGUUUGACCAGGAGCCGCACCCGGUUCUGCUCGACUCGGUGUCGAUCCGCCCCGACGUCAUCUUGCUGCUGGAUACGUUCUUCCACAUCCUCAUCUUCCAUGGCGAGACCAUCGCACAGUGGCGCAACGCAAACUACCAGGAGCAGGAGGACUACGCCAACUUUAAGGAGCUGCUCGAGGCCCCUGUCGCCGACGCUCAGGAGCUGCUCGAGGACCGCCUUCCGAUUCCGCGUUACGUUGUGUGCGACCAGGGCGGGUCGCAGGCGCGUUUCUUGCUCUCCAAGCUCAACCCGAGCACGACGCACACGUCUGGAAUGGGUUACGGCCAGCAGGCGCCCGGACAGGCUAUCUUUACCGACGAUGUGUCGCUGCAGGUCUUUAUGGAGCACCUGAAGCGUCUUGCUGUUGGGGCCUCGACGAGCUAGGUGAUAGAUAUUGUAAUAUGCAUCGGAUGCGAGCAG